AUGACACGAGCCCGCGCAGCAAAUGUCUCGGAGCCCGCGACGGCUGCUCCCCCCAAGCGCGCUUCGACCGCCACUGCCCCGACCAAGGCCAGUACUGCACGCGCGAAAGCAACAAUUACGUCAACAACAUCAGUUACCAAGUCCACAACGAUAACAACAACAAUAACAGCAGCAGCAGCAACAGCAACAGCGUCAAAGAAACGUGCCCGCGCCGACGAAAGCGACGAUGAACUCGACCAAGAUGAACUCACUGCCACCCCAAAGCCUGCGGCCCUGAACGGCCGUGGCCGUGGUCGUCCUCGCAAAGUCAUCAUUACCGAGUCAGACCCCACGUCCGCGCCGCCGCCGCCACCGCCCGUCUCAGCGCCAUCAACCCGGCAGCGCGGCAGACCGCGCAAGGUCGUCCAGGAGACUGGCACCGCGAAGACGACGAUGACGACUACCCGCGCAACCACUCGUGUAGCUAAGCCUGCGCCCUCGACCACGCUGGAUGUGAGCGAGCCGGCAGUUCACAGGACGGCUACCGCUCGUGGACGUGCCACUGGGGCGUCGACGGCUACGGCAAUGACAGCUGCUGCGGCGGCAAGGGUCGCGGCGACGACGAGGCCGCAGACGGCUGCUGCUGCUGCCGUGAAAUCGGCUCUCAAGAAAGCCGUCCGGUUUGUCGAGGAGCCGGAGAAGGAGAAUUUCCUUCCUCCUCCUGCUGCUGCUGCUGUUGCUGCUGCUGCCACCGCGGCCGCAAGCAAGACAUCGGGAAAGGGAACAACGGCUGCUGGCGCGGGGAGUCUGGCGACAAAGCCUGUGCGGAAGGGCGUCUCGGCUCGUGCUACCACGACCAUGGCCACUACUGCCACGGCGACCAAAAAGACUGCUAGUGCGACCUCGCAGCAAGCAGCGCAAGGAAAGGAUGGUGAGAAAGAAAAGCUCAAGCAGAAACCGAAGCCACUCAGCCCUAAGAAGGUCAACCAAAUGACGCUGACGCUGAGCCGGAUCGAUUCGGAUGAUGAGCUCGGCAUGGAUGAGGUCAAACCCGUGGGCAAUCUGAAGAAGAUGCCUGUUAAGCCGGCUGUACGCGUGGCUAAGAAACCGAUGCCAGCCGGAAAGGCUGCUGCGGCGGUUGAUAGCUUGGACGAUAGCAUCGUUACUGCUACCCGUUCAGAGACCGAGGCACAUCUGCUGCUCGCAUCACCAGCUAAGAAGCUUCCCGCUCCUUCUCGUGCCACAUCCAACAAGCGCGUUGGUUUCGAUGCUGAAGACAAAUUGGCGGCCAAGUCCCUUGAUGCAAUGGACCUUGACGACAACGCCGUCCCCAAGUCCUACGAGCCCGAAGCCAACCUUCUUCUAGCCUCCCCUGCAAAGCGUCUCCCCCUUCCCCCGUUUAAGGGAAACAUCUCCUCCCCGGCAAAGCGCAUCGAAGGUCUGGUUCGUGCUCCUCCCGAGCCCGAGAUAGAGCAGAAUACCCAGGCUGCAGCGGCACCUAAGCUGGGUCUACUCGCUACGCCCGCGAAGCGUCAGCCUCUCCGUUUGCAUCCUGCUCCUACGCUAGAAAAUGCUCCUGCCGCAGGGGUUCCCCCGCUGGGCACGACCCCACUGAAGAAGGGCUCUUCUCUGCUGGCGACCCCGGCCAGGAGGGGGUUUUCGCCUGUUAAGAUGGGGACUGCUGCAGCCAAGCCUACAGUUGCGACGGAGGUUAUCGCGGAGGAACCUGAAGAACAGGAACAGGACGAAGACCAACAGAACCCAGCGCAGCAGCUGGAGGAGGAAGAAUACAAGUCAGUUAUCCAGCGGAAAGAGCAAGAGAGUACCCGUCGCCAGACUAGGAGUUCGGCACGGGCCCUGCGUAAGGAGCAGGCUUAUACGCCUGAAAAGAUGGAUGAUAGUUUGGCCGGGGAGGGGGAUGAGUCGGUUUUGGAGGAAAGAAGUGUCAGGAAGGGGAAGUCGACUGCGAGGUUACUGUUCCCGAUUAGGUUGUCGCCGCCUAGGAGGGGGGUGGUGAGACCGCCUGUGGAGGAGGUUGAGAUUGGGGAGAGCCCGAUUGAGGAGAAGCCAAUUGAGGAGACUCCUGAGGAGACCCCGGCUGAUGAAGAGGCACCGGUCGAGGAGCAGCCGGUUGAAGAGCCCGCCGGGGAGGAGACCUCUGAGGAGGGGGAGGAGAAAGUCGGGGAUGUUUCUACUGAGGAGCAACCUGUUGAGGAGCCCGCUGAGGAGGAAGCUGUUGAACAGCUGGCUGAAGAGGCUCCAUUCGAGAAGGAUUCUGAAGAGGAGACCCCGGACUUGGGACAUGUCGAGCGGGAGCCUGAAGAGCCACCUGCCGAGCAGGCUCCCAUUGAAGAGACGCCUGCUGAGAAAACCACUGCCGAACAGACUCCUGUUGUGGAGAACACUGUCGCGCAGGCUAUCGAAGAGGAGGUCGCUGAACAAGUCGUCCCGCAGGCUGAGGAUGAUUCCCAGAAGACUGUCGUCGAGGACGGGCGUCCGGAAGAGCCCUCGGAGGAUAUCCCUGCUCAGGAGGAAACCGCUCACGAGGAAGCUCUCCAGGAAAAUGUUGGCGAGGCUGUUCCUGAGGAGGCCUCAGUUGAGCAGGCCCCCGUUGAAGAUGUCCUUGCCGAGGAGACUCCCGACGACAAGGUUUCUCCUGGGCUCCCGUCUGAGCAGUCCAUCAACGAUGCCCCUGUCGAAAACACUCCAAUCGUGGAGGACGCCGUCAACGACUCCUCCGCCGAGACCAUCGUCCUCGAACAGACCCAAGAAGAGCCCGUGGACGACGACGACGACGACGACGACGACGACGCUACCGAGGCAGCAACCGAGCAGAACGAACAGACCGAAAUCAUCGCGCCCUACUCGGAACCUACCCCCGCCGAAGGCGAACCCGAGACCGCGGAGCCCGGCAGCACAACCCCUCCCUGCUCCCCCCCUCAGAACCUCGGCUCUAUGUUCGGCCUCCGCCAGAAAGAUCUCGACCCCUACCCCGAGACGGACGACUCAGCUAUGUCGAUGGAGUCGCCUUGCAAAAAUAAGCGGUCGUCUGCAUUCAGCAAGCUGCCUGCGACGCCUAGGCCGGCGGCAGCUAAGCUGCCGAAUGCGAACGCGAAUGCGACUCCUGUUAGUAUCCUGAAGAAACCACAGGCUAGUAGUGGGAUUGGAUUCACCCCGCUGGCGCAGCAGCUUGGUCAGUGGAGGGCGGGACCAAGUCCGUUGAAGAAGGUUGCGUUUGCUAUUGAGUCUAGUCCUGCGCCAGCUGCUGAGCAGGAGGAGUCGGUAGUUGGGUGUGAUCAGCCUGAGACGUCGAUGGUCUCGAUGGUCUCGCUGGGGGCGAGUGCCAUUUUCAGGGAGGAAGCUGACUCGAUGGAUGUGGACGAACCUGUACGGGAGCCCCACGAAGACGCGAUGGAGGUUGACGAGCAGCCUGCUCGCGCUGAAGACGGCGCCAUGGACGUCGACUCCGACGCUACUACCGUCCUUGACGACGGCUGCCCCAUCCUGGAAGACAUCCCCUUCACCCGUGAGGAUAUGGACCUCAUUGCCGAGGCGAACGAGAUGUCCCUUCUCACCCGACCAACCUCUAUCGCUGUUCACCACGACGACUCUGCCUCCUCCUCCACCUCGGGCACAAGCCAAGAGUACCCUGACGAGAACCAGGCCCCCGUUCCCCAAGCUGUCCUUGAACUUCCGGCUUCUGUGCAAAACUCACCUCGGGUUGCGGUUCCUCCUGUCACUCCCCAGCGUGUCUUCCGCAGGGAGGUGCACACCGUCUCGAAGGUGCCGCUCAAGCCCGCGGAUGAGUCGACGCCGCCGGUGAGGGCGAUGAGCGAAAGGCGCGCUAGGAGUGCGAAUCGUGCGGCGGCUGCUGGACUGGGGACUACGCCGAGGUUGACAAGGUCGGCAGCUAGGGCUGCUGCUGCUGCAGCGGCGGCGGCGGCGGCAGCAGCAGCAGCAGCAGCAGUAGCAGCAGCACCAAUGGCGACGGAGACCCCUUCUAAUGCGGGUAGCCAGGCUGUGGAGGAACAAGUUGAGGUUGAGCAGCAGCAGCAGCAGCAGCAGCAGCAACAGCAACAGCAACAACAGCAACAGCAGGGGGAGGAGGAGCCCCAACAAGAGCAGACGCUCCCUCCAGUCACCCCUCAGAAGACAGACAUUUGGACGGCCCUGGAGACGCCUGGAAGGACCCCCCGUCGUGACCUCAACCCUAACCUCCUCCGCGGAGCGGUUGUGUUUGUAGAUGUGCACACUUCCGAAGGCGCCGACGCAAGCGGCAUUUUUGUCGAGCUGCUCACACAAAUGGGCGCGCGCUGCGUGAAGCAAUGGUCCUGGAACCCCAAUACCCCCACAGAGCCCGGCACCGAGACCAAAUACGGCAUCACGCACGUUGUGUACAAGGACGGCGGGAAGAGGACGCUGGAGAAGGUGCGCGAAGCGAACGGCGCCGUGCAUUGUGUCGGGGUGAGCUGGGUGCUAGAUUGUGAGCGGGAGAAUCAGUGGCUGGAUGAGGGGUUGUAUGCGGUUGAUACAAGCUUGGUGCCCCGGGGAGGAGCCAGGAGAAGAAAGAGUAUGGAGCCGAGGGCGGUGGUGAAUGUUGGAGGAGUUUUGGUACCUAGUCCGACGAAGGGCAGCAACAAUACUCGGGCUCAGAGCCCGACAGCAGCGACGCCGACUACCCCCGUUAACAACGGCAGCAGUGGCAGGAGUGGCCGGAGAAGAAGCUCGCUUUGGGUGCGCACGCCGGAGGAGCAGUCCCCUUCUGCUGACGACAACAGCGUUGAGGAGGAUGCCGAAAGCAACGACGCCGCGAGCCACAGCCCAACUAAGAAUUUUAACACCCAGGAUGACUACCUCACUAAACUCCUCGCCGCGCCCCUCACUCCCGCACCUAAAACCCCCGCCCCCGAGGCCAUAGCCCGCUACGCCGCCGCCCUCACUCCCGGUCCGCUCUCCCCCUUCACCCCGUCUGCCAUUUCUCCUGUAGGCUAUCACUCGGACGGCGAUGAGGACGAGGAUGACGACCCCUUGACACUGGACAGCGAAAACUCCGGGCGGCAUCUCUCGCGCGAGGAUAUACUCCUCAGAACGUGCCCUCCGAAAAGGACACAGUUUCUCGAGGAGCUAGGACCAGAAAUCCUAAAGAGGGAGAAGGAUGAACGCGUACUGAUGAGGCUUGUUCAGGCGAGGAGGAAGAGUCUGCAGUUUCGACCUAGGGUGGGGAGUCCGUUGGCGAAGGCUUGGAAACCUGUUCAGUGA